UUUGAAGUUUCCACAUUUGUGUCGUUAAAGGCUUGAUUGCGUUCCUUUCACCCGUUUAGAGCUACGGCUGUCAGUAAUAUUUGCGUAGCAAGUUAGUUCGAUGUUUUGGUAUCUCAAAUUAAAACCAAAGACAGGAAGUUUUGCUACAGUGUUUGAUUCACCGAUUGGUCAAUAUCUCUAGCUAAGGCGGGAGUUGAUAAUUUAUCUACCGAUCAUUGGACAGAAUGACCCGAAGUCAACCAACCAGGUUUCGGCAUUUGUAGGCGUUUUUACACGGGCGAAUGGUGAACCUUACAUUUGUUUAGUCCCGUUUUAACCCUUUUAAAGUGAAAGGUCUACGCGGUAGUCUACUGGUGGCCACCUUCUUCUUACCUGCAGAGUUAACUCACCUGGGCAUACACCAUCUCCAUCAUGGCCUCCCUGGCUUUAAGAUCAGCAGCCAAGGCAAAGUUCCCAUUUAAAGGUGGCCUCAUGUGCUGCUACUCCUCAGGGCCCACCACCAAGCUGUUCAUUGAUGGAAAGUUUGUUGAAUCCAAAUCUACAGAAUGGCUUGAUAUUCACAAUCCUGCCACCAACGAGGUGAUCGCUUGUGUACCAAAAGCCACCCAGCAGGAAAUGUUGGCUGCCGUGGACUCUUGCUCCAAAGCCUUCUCCUCCUGGUCCGAGACCUCCAUCCUGGCCCGGCAGCAGAUCUUUCUACGCUACCAGCAGCUCAUCAAAGACAACAUUAAAGAUCUUGCCAAGUCCAUCACAGUGGAACAAGGCAAGACCCUUGCAGAUGCAGAGGGGGAUGUCUUCAGAGGACUGCAGGUUGUGGAGCACACUUGCAGCAUCACCUCUCUCAUGCUGGGUGAAACUCUGCCCUCUAUCACCAAGGACAUGGACACAUACACGUACCGCCUCCCCCUCGGGGUGUGCGCCGGCAUCGCCCCCUUCAACUUUCCCGCCAUGAUCCCGCUGUGGAUGUUCCCUAUGGGAAUGGUGUGCGGAAACACGUACCUCCUGAAACCUUCUGAGAGGGUACCCACGUGCGCCAUGCUGCUGGCCAAGUUGCUGCAAGAUGCUGGCGCGCCGGACGGGACCCUCAACAUCAUCCACGGACAACAUGACGCUGUGAACUUUAUUUGUGACCAUCCAGCCAUCAAGGCCAUCAGUUUCGUUGGCUCCAAUCAAGCGGGGGAGUACAUUUAUGAGAGGGGUUCCAAAAAUGGCAAGAGGGUGCAGUCAAACAUGGGAGCAAAGAACCACGGUGUGGUGAUGCCCGAUGCCAACAAGGAGAACACUCUCAACCAGCUUGUGGGUGCUGCGUUUGGGGCUGCAGGCCAGCGCUGCAUGGCUCUGUCCACAGCCAUCCUGGUGGGUGAGGCUCGCAGCUGGCUGCCAGAGCUGGUGGAGCGCACCAAGGCUCUGCGUGUCAAUGCAGGAGACCAACCUGGUGCAGAUGUGGGGCCCCUGAUCUCCCCCCAGGCCAAGGACAGAGUCUGCAGUCUGGUCCAGAGUGCAGUGGAUGAAGGCGCUAAGGUGCUCCUGGAUGGCAGAUAUGUCAAAGUUGCGGGUUAUGAGAAUGGCAACUUUGUGGGUCCAACCAUCAUUGGUGAUGUCACCCCUCAGAUGAAAUGCUACACCCAGGAGAUUUUCGGACCCGUGCUGGUUGUUCUAGAGGCCAACACUCUGGAUGACGCCAUCAGUUUGGUUAAUCGCAAUCCCUACGGCAACGGUACCGCUAUCUUCACUACAAACGGCGCCACUGCUCGCAAAUACACGCAUGAGGUGGAUGUGGGCCAGGUUGGAGUCAAUGUUCCCAUUCCAGUGCCCCUGCCCAUGUUCUCUUUCACUGGAUCAAGAGGCUCUUUCAGAGGCGACAUGAACUUCUAUGGAAAACAAGGCAUUCAGUUCUAUACGCAGAUCAAAACCAUAACCUCACAAUGGAAAGCUGAGGACGCCACCCUCAAGAGUCCAGCAGUUACCAUGCCAACCAUGGGACGCUAGAGAAGCCAUCAGUUCAAACUGACCAUAAGACAUGGAAAAGACUCAGUGGUUAAUAAAUAGUAGUUCCCCUUUUUAAAGGUUGCACUCUAUAGAUGAAUUCUAAGCCCAGUACAGAAUUUACCUUUUCAAAGUGUGCAGUUGAGUGAAUGAUGUUUUGUGCACAUAAUGCUGUUAUUUAUCUCUACAUUAAAUCGGCUAUACACACAAACAUAUUGGGGUACCUGGCAAUUAUAUUCGCUGCAGGGAAGGGAAAAUAUGGACUUGAUCCCCUCUUUGCAGCUAUAACUGUAUCCCACUUUUCUGGAAAGACUUUCUACAGGAAAAUGUAUGGACCUUGCCUUGAGAAACUGAGCAGGAGCUUCCCUAAACUAUAAACAUAAAGUUGGAAGCAUAGAAUCCACAAUGUGUUUUUAGGAUGAACAAUAAGGUCAGAGUGUACCAACACUUAUUUCAUAAAGACAUAUAUCCCAAUGCUUUUCUUUGUAGUUAAUAUAGUUACAGUAACUACAGAGACCACAUACAGUACAUGCAAGCAUGAGUAUUUAAAAUAACACUGCACCAUACACAGAUCAUAUCGUGAUAAUCACAUGUGAUGCACGCAAAUCAGAGACAAUCCAAAGUAUAAUUGUGGACAAAAGGCCACAGAGAGGUCACGUGCGUCUAUCCAUCGUUUGGGUUCGUGGGCAGGAGGGAGUCAGGCGCCUGAGUAAUGAAGGUUGACGGCGCGCAGAGCUCCUCUCUAAUUCAGAAAGAUUUCAUUAUCAUUAUACAGUGCAGAAAUGUAAGAUUCAUCACAUGUAAGACACUCAUGUUCUCACAGCACACUGUCUUUGCAGCUAAACAUGGAAUGUGGGCCCAGUAAAUCUGUGCAGGCUUCGUAAUUGCAAGGAUGAGGUACAACUUUUAUUCCCCAACAUUCAUUUUGUGUCUUACCCAGUGACAUGACUGUCAGCGAGGAACGUCUCCUCAGACGGGGACGCCACCCGAUUGUUGGCUUUCCUGUCAUGGAAAUGUAGAUUUGCUGUUUAUGCAAAAGCUUGUUGCAAUGUUUUACACAUUCCUUGUCCUUCUCCUCCCUUAGAGCUGCGUCUUUAUGGCUGCAUUUGCACCACGCAGUAUUUUUGCCCCCAGAUAUGGGUUAUGGCAAGAAAAAAAAAAAACACGUUGAAUCGGAUAUCCUCAGUUUAGAAUCCCCCAUCUUCUAAAUGUGGAUAACAAUCUCAUAUGAUUGGUGAGAUUACCUAUGGAACGAGCCAGUCCAGGCCAGUUGAACAAUAUGUGAUGUUUUAAUAAUGGUAUUUAUGCAUUUCGUUUGCUUCUGCAUCUUCUCUGUACUGUAUAAUGCCACUCAUUUUCUUACCUAAAUAUUACCUCACAAAAGUGAGUACACCUCUCACACUUCAGCAACCAUUUUUACAGUAUAGCUUCUCAGGGGAAAAACUAUACAUGAAACUUGGAUAUACUUCAGGGUAGUUAGUAAAUGUUUACGGCUAUAAAAGGUGUACACUAUCAACUGAAAAUGAACAAAUAGCUGGCAACACAAUGGUAGCAAAAAAGUGUCUCGCUUACAGUCAAGCGGGCGGUAGCGUUGGGGCUGCAUGCGUGCUGCCUGCACUGGGUAGCUGCGGCUCAUUGAGGGAAAACAUGAAUUCCAACAUAUACUGUGACAUUCUGAGGCAGAGCAUAAUCCCCUCCCUGGACCACAUGGCAUUUUUCCAACAGGAUAACGAACCCAAACAAGCGGUAAGUUUCAUUUCUAUAGGAUUGUCCCUUGAGAAUGUGAGGGGUGUACACACUUUUGUGAGAUAGUGUAUUGUUUAUGUGCAUUUUAGGUGGUUUCAGGUGUUUUGUAAAUAUAUACAAUAUGAGUCACUUAAAAAGAUUUGUAAAUUAACUCUGAAUUGUCCAUUUAAACCUGCAGUGUAAAUACAGAUUAAGAGACACACACACACGAAAGCUUUGAUGUUAACAGACUGAGCCUACAGAUGUUGUGUUAUUCCAGUGGACCAAGUGCCAGGCCGCCGCUUGUGCGAUAUACAUCUCCUUUGGCCAUACAUGCAGAUCCCUUGCACAGUCCCCUCUGAAAUCAUGUUACCAGCUGCUCUCUGACCACAAGUGUUCAAAGGGCUAAAUAAACUCAAGAGUGCACGUGAGGAGGAGCCAAUUGCCUAAAAGUGCAUUGAUGUGACCAGAUGUUUGUUUCUAAGCAUAAAAGCCUGUUUUUACUAUUGUGCCCACUCUUUCUUCACUCUUUUCAAGCAGCAGGAUGGAAAAGAAAAUUGGUCAAAGCCAAACUGAUGUUUUAUGGUAUCCUCUUAAGCAGAGAAAAUGACUGUUAAAAACAUUAAAAAGAGGGAGGAGUCACCAGAAGUUCAGCGUGAGCUAUGGCUGCACUUUUGUUCCUCUAAGUUCAUGGUUUCAUUGUGGCGAGGUUACCAGUGGACUGGAGUUGAGUGAUGAAUAACCAGAAAGCCUUACUUAAAAUGUCACAAAACCAACACAAUUACAGAGAGGCUUUAUUACCUUGUCCUUUGUCUGUUCAUUUUAGCAAACAGACGUCGAAGAACUUGCUCCCUCUGUUCCCACGUCAGGUCUGACAUUUCCACUUGACUCCCGAGCUGAUGCGU